GCAGAGACGAGCCUUUUGUUUAAAUUCUACAAACAUGGAUUUUAGGAGGAAAUCUCUGCUUGGAUGUCUUUACUUCUCCGUGUUAAUGUUCAGAAUAACAGACACUGAACCUAAAUUUGAAGUUUCAAUGGAUACAAAUCCUGCAGCGGUGGAAUUUGGGGACUCCUUGGAGACGAACUGCAGCACAACAUGUUCUUAUCCAACAAUAAAUGUAGAACUUAAACCAGGAAUAAAUUCUAACAGAACAAUUGGCGCUGCUUGGCACUAUGACUAUUUCCAAAGUAUCCAGAAGUGGGAUGUUACACUAUCAUGUUUUGUGAGAUGUAAAUCAAAUAAUUCAACGCUGAAUGAAGUGAAAAAGAGUGUCGCAGUAUACAAUCGAGAGAUAAACACUACAUUGCUCCCUGAAGUGCUGGAGGUUAACAGGAGAUAUAGUCUGCAGUGCAUCGGACCAAGAGUCUACCCAAACAACAAACUCAUUCUCACAUGGAUAAGAGGGAGUGAGAUUGUUCAGAGAAAUUCUGCAGAAAAACAAGGUCUUCCGGAUGAAGAUAACAGGUUGAGAAAUGUCUUCAAUUUCACUGCAAGUCUAUUAGAUGAUGGACAGGAGUACACCUGCUUGGCUGAAGUGGACUUGGGCUCUAACGCCACAAUGUCAAUCACAAACUCCUCUGUCACUCUGCAAACCUACUCUUUCAUGGAUCAGCCUAGAAUCCUGGACAAAAGGCCCAAAGAAGUGAAGCAAGAGGUCAUAUUAACAUGUGAGGUCUCAGAUGUCUAUCCAGUUGAGAAGAUGAGAGUACGAUGGUUUCAGGAUGGUGAGGAACUGAACUCAGUUACCACAAGGCCAAAUUCUAACACUGUCCAAUCAACAGCAGCGUGGACACCGCAGGAAACUGGUCUGAUCGAAGUUGUCUGUAUGGCUGAUUUUGAGAAGUAUCCAUCAGUUCCCUCAAAGAAUCACACGGUCUUCAUUGAGGUGUACGUUUUCUCUUCCCCUGAAAUCCAAAUACCAACCAGCCAUGGAGGAAAUCUGGUUAACAUUACGUGCCAUGUAUUAAAUGUCUCAGGGGAUCUUGAACUCAAACUGAAGAAAGAAAAUGACAUAUUAGCGAAAGGAUCGAGCAGUACUGGGCUCACUAUCUCUCAUACAGUACAGGCUCAAGCAAAGCUGGAUGGACAGCAGUUUAUCUGUGAAGCUGAACUGAAACUUCAAGAUCAGUCAAUAACCAGCCCUGUUAUUAAACAACAAGUUGGAACCUUCCAUGUCCUGUAUAAACCACGAGACACAAUCAUGACCAUAUCAGUAAAUAACAAAACAGUGUCAGGCUUUCCGGUAGAAGUCACUAAAGGUGAUGAAAUUACAUUAAGCUGUAUGUCCGAUGGAAGACCCUCACCUGUAUUAGAGUGGGUAAAUCCCAGUAAUGGCAACAAUAUUGAGAUUGGUCCUGGAUUUCUUCGUAUUCCGUACAUAACCUCAGAACAUCAAGGAAUUUAUAUAUGUAGAGCUACCAAUCAAUAUGGAAGUGAUGAGAAGGAUGUGGACAUCAGGGUCAAAGAUUUAACAUCGAUAAUACUAUUGAUCGCAGGAAUAGCAGCAGUAUUAAUAACAGCUGCAGCAACGGCCUCGUACUUGAAAAACAACGCCCGUAAAAGAGGACAGUACGAAUUAGACAAAGCAAAACCCAACAAUAAUGCACAGAUCCCCAAUGGGAAUGAUCAUCAUGAAGAUGUUCCUCUGGAGGAACGUCAUCCAUAACUUGGUAGCACAACAACAAUUACAAACUAGUAUGAUCAAUCUUCUGAGGAGAAAUACCGAUGAUCCUGCAGACAAUUUUGUUUCCACCAGGUACAGCUCAUUGUAGUAUUAAAAUCUGUUUGCAGUAAUUACUGUAGUAAUUGUAAUGACAACUUGUUAUUCACAUUUCUCAACAUUUUUUGGAUUACUCUUGAAAUGCUGUAUUGAUCACUUUCUUUUAAACUGUGGAUUGUUACCUGUGUUUCGGUAACUAGAUUCAGCAUUAAUAUCAUCACAGGUUUAUCAAAACAACUUUGUUUCACAA